UCACAUUAUUGCGUCUUUGCCAACUUAAAUAUUGAAUUGAUCGAUUUCGUUAAAGUGUUUGACAUAAGUUUUAUUUAUAAAAAAGGUGAGGAUAUGUGAUCAGAAGAUGCCACUUUUAUUUGAAAGAGAGAUUGCAAUAUGUGAUUUAGAAGAAGGUGACUUGAUAGAGUUUUACCGGGCAUGGGGAACUUACUCUCAUUGGGCUGUUUAUAUUGGCAAUCAAACAGUCAUUCAUUUAUCACCGAAUCCUGAUGCUAUGGGGAAAUUUAAUCUGAAAAACAUGAAACGUGGCACUAGCGUCCGAAAGGACAAUAUAAAAACUGCUGCGAGAUAUUCAAAGACUUAUCGAAACAAUGAAUUUGACAACGAACAUGAACCCUUAAGUAAAAGCGAAAUUGUGGGGCGAGCAACAGAGCAACUCGGUAGCCAUGGAUAUAAUUUGGCGACCUACAAUUGUGAGCACUUUGCUACAGAAUGUAGAUAUGGAGUGGCUAGGAGCAAACAGGCUGAAGCUGUUGUAGAAAGAGCGGUGACCGGAAUUCGUGAACUUCUAGAACUAAGACGCAAGUAUAGUUGGAUCGAAAUAAUCAACUUGAUUUUAAAAAAAGUAAAUAAGUACUUUUACCUCCACAAAUCUAUUGAACGUGUGAAAUUGUAAAUAAUGUAAUUGCCUUAUAAUUGCUCCAAUAAUCAAAACACUCCUACGGACUCUAUUAAAUAUAUUUGGCGUUUUAUAAAAUUGAUUAUACAGUUCAUAGAAUCCAAUUAGAAGUUUAAACCUUUUUGUAACCUGAUAAAUUUGUAUUACAAGCCUUAUCGUGUAACG